CCCUCCGCGCUCAGGGAGGCAAAGAGUCCCCCCCGCCCCGUGAAGCUCCGCCGGCGCCCGCAGAGGGAGGGGCGGCACCGCACCGUCCCUGGAGGGCCCCUCUCCUCCCAUGCCCCUUUGGCCGCCGUGCCCGGUGGGCCCAAGGGGUGGGCGUAGAGGGGCGAGGGCGCGGAGGAAUAUGGAGUAGUGACUAAUUACAGGAGCGUAAAGGCUGACUGAAUGUUUCUUAAAAUAAAUCACAAUGCACAGACAAUCUAAGACUAUAAAUGCUCCCCUGGAAGUUAAAGAAAAUGAGAGUAGAUACAGUGAAGAGAAGGAAGAGGCCUCUUUCCCUGAUCCAUCAAAAGACCAGAAAAUUUGCAAAGUGACUAAAUCGAAAGUCGCAAAGGCAUCCAGGAAGAAGAUUUUAAGCAAUGAGAGCCAGGGGCUGUUGCAAAAAUGCACCCCGAAAUACAAGAGAGGCCUUGAGGAAUCGCGCCACGACAAGGAGGGCAUUAGCUGUCAGUUUACUGAACGCUUUUUUGAUACCCUAAAAGGGAACGUGGUUGGUGAACCUACCUUGCCUUUGAACAGUAAGGAAAAUUUGUCAAGAGGUCUGCCUCUUUCUCUGAGGGGUGAAUGCUACCGGACACCUAGUAGGGACAAAGCAGAAGAAAGAUCUGAUUGUGGAAUAUCAGAGAAACAGAGGAACAAACCUGUUGAUUUUGCAACUGUAACAAUUGCUGAAUUUGGGAUUACUCAAGCAAGUUUUACUAAACCAUCUAUAGGGAAGUCUCCAAAUGCAUUAAAACUUAGACGAAGAUCAUCAAUUGGAGUACGGGGGUCACCUGAAAAUAACACCCUUAUUCAAUACCUUGCCCAACAGAGAAGCAACAGGCAAAAAGAAGUUUUUACGCAGGUUACUCCUUUUAAACAUGAAUAUGUCAGGUGCUUGAAGGACAAAAUAGAUGCUUUUCAAACAUCUUUCAAAUCAGUACGAGAAGCUGAAGGGGAGGCUGGCUUCUCUGAAGUGUCACAAGUGGAUGACGCAGGGGCUUCUCAGAACAAAGUACCUUUUACAAACAAGAGGAACCUGGAUCAGUGGAGUGAAAAGUUCAUGCCAGACAACAGUGGAGCUGAUUUGAAAGAAAAGUUAAGACAAGAUUUGACCGACAGCAGUAAGUCUGAUACCAAGAUCUGCAGCGCCUUGUCUUCACUCCAAGAUGUGACUGUCCUUGAACCUGCUGCUGCUGUUUCAAAGGCAUGGGUUUAUGAGCAAGACAAUCCUCCUGAGUCAGAGGCUGCUCUAAUUAGAGAUAUCCUAGAAACAGGCCGUGACCUUGGUUCUGACCACAUUGCUAAAGACAUUAGAAGUAAUGUUACAUCAGAUCUAAGCAGAAAGCAAGCUAGUUUUGUGGAAGAACCGAGCCUGCAAAUAUUUGAUGAAAGCAAGCCACCUAUCACACCGGUGCAAAGGGGAAAUAUCUCCUUAAAUGAACACACGCACAGCGGCUCCCUUCUGCGAUCUGCAUUGAAGAAAACGCCAAUGAAGCAACUAAUGGAUAGCCCAAAGGAAUACUCGAACGAUGCAGUUGACAGAGGAGGAGGUGAACCUCUCACAGACUCCGAUUGUGCAAGAAUCUUUGGAGCGUUGCAAACAGAGGAAACUGAAAGACACAGCUCUGAAAGGCCAAAGAAGAGAGUUACUUUUGGAGAAGUUCUAAGCCCAGAAAUAUUUGAUGAAAGUUUGCCUGCAAAUACCCCGUUGCGCAAAGGAGCAACACCAGUCCGUCGUCCAGGAGUACAAAGUAAUAGCUCUUUUGCAAGGUUAAGCCUCACUGAGGAACCAUUAUCCCGGCUGAACUUUGAUUGUGAUGAUGAAUGUGUUGAGCCUCUUCAAGAGUUAGAGGAGGGUUCUGUUGCUGCAGAAGACCUCUCACCUGCUGAAAAUGCAGAAGCAGAAACGGACAAAUCUGUGAUAACAACUCGUUCUACUAAAAGGAAGUGUAGCACCAUUUCAGAGGGGACUGAUUCUAACACCUCAAGAGCCACAAAUACUAAGAACGCUGAAGAUACUAAAAAUCCAAGAAAGAACAAGUUUCAAAGACAAAAGAAUAUAACCACAUCUGCUGCCAAAAAGACCCAAAAAACAAAACAUACAGGCUAUGGGAAAAGAAGGAAGAAAAAAGUAAAAAAAUCUUUAUAUGGGGCGAGAGAGAUGGCUUCUAAAAAACCUCUUCUCAGCCCUAUCCCUGAAAUUCCAGAGGUUUUCUCUUCUGCCUCAUCUCCAAGCUCCCCAAUGGCAAAUGCACUUUUUUCAGAGGAUGUAAUUUUAGAUAAUGCCAAAUCCAUGAAUGCUCGCAAGGAUGUUCAACAGAAGCCAGUGGUUGAAAGAACGAGAGUGAAGAACAUCUGUGCGGUCCCUGAGUACCCAAGCUCGAAGGACCUGGCCGCUGUAGAAGCCAGCAGCUCCAGCAACACAGCGUCGCAGGCGGCAGGUGGUGACCUGAAGGCUGUUUCUGGCAUUGAUCAUGAGUUUCCAAAUGUGCCAGAUGCAAAGUGUGUUUUUGAUACGCCUGAUGAUUUCCAGCAAGGUGAAGAGACUGCAUGUGUAAAAGAGGCAAAAGAAAGUUUUUCCUUGAUAGAAAAUGAGAAGUUACAAGGAAAUGUCCUAAAUGAGGCAGAGCAGCUAACUGGGCGAGAAUUUUUGGAACAGCAGGAUGCUAGUGUACGUGAGGGUACCCAAAGACCUCAGUGUCCACAAAAAGAAUCUGUAAGAGGUUGUCCACCAAGAAGAAAAAGAAGUAGUGCCAUCUAUUUUCCUCCUGUUGAAAAAUUGGAAAUAACUGGAAACAAUGCUCCAGUUUCUUCUUUUGAUGUGGAAGAAGUCUUGUCUGUUCCUCAGCCGAAAAAUGACUCCUUCGAGCCUUUUAGAAGAAAGAGCAGUAAUGGUGGUGAAAGAAGAGUGAGGCGCAGCAUGAGGUUACAUAAAGAUGCAGAAACUGAAGGACUUGCGUGGAUUCAAGUACCCGAUGAGAUUCAAAAGAAUCCUCCCCUGCUAGCUUCUGCUUGCAAAAUCAGGAGAACAAUAAGCACAUCCGUCCUCACAGAAUCUGAGAAUAUUCACCACAGAGGAGAAAAUCCCAUCCAGUUUUCAGCACCAGGGAAGGAGAACGAUGACUCUGUUCAUCUUGCUGGUGGUCCUUGCAAAAGAUGGAGGAGGAAAAGCCUGUGUGCAUCCACGCCUCAAGAAACAAGAACUUGGUCUCAGACCCGGAAAAGGAGCAUAACAAAUUCUGUACACAGGCAGGACAGAAGUAACCAAACCCACUCUGAAGUAGUAAAAAUACCUCUUGAAAAUAACUAACACUUAGCGAGGUUUCAGCUACCUCUGAUUUUCUGAAGUGAAGGUCAGUAUUAGAUUCUUAUGUUCUCUCUUAAGUGCUUUUUUCUUCUCUCUCCCACUUGUUUUUCCUUACUUACUAUUUCCUUAUUCAUUUUCUGGAUAACUUAGAACUGAUUUUCCUUGUCCUUGUCUUGAUGCCUAAAAUGCUUGAAGAUCAGAACUGCAUGGAAGCAGUUGGCUCAGAACAUUGUUCUGGUGGACAGUCAUGGCAGGUAAUCAAGACAACAAACUUUUCUCCCAUGAUGAACUGAAUUUGACAUCACCUCUUUAUAGUAGUCUACGUCCUUGCUUGUGUGUUUUCAUACUUUAGAGCUGUCUAUAGAGCAACUAGUGGUAAUUAAACACCACUAGUAUAAAAAAACUCAACAAAUGAGCAACUUUCUCUGCAACACCAAGUUCAGACACUUCAACAGGGCAAAGACUGGAAGGAUUGCACUGGGGCUGGUGAAUUUUGUUGCAAGAUACGGCAGUAAGGCAAUAUACAAAAUUUAAAUAAAGCUCCUGCAUGCAUUUGCAUGCAUGUUAUCACAGUCUGUGAUUUUCUUGUGUUUAGAUGAAUAUCUUACAGUUGUGGUACCUGCACAGUAACGUGGGAUUUUUGUCCUUGAAACUAAGCCGUGAUUGUUAGGCUGGAUCUGUUUGGUUAGACCAUCUUGCUACGUUUGUGUAUUUGAGCACAGAGCAAUCAAUAUCUGAAGCUCCUAAAGGGAGACAAGCCAGCAAAUGCGUGUGACUCUCAGCUGCUUUAAGAGGAACAAAUUUCAUAGUUCAAAAAUAUGGUCUGUGCAGACAAGUUACUUGACGACUGGGAGUUGAUAAUAAUCCAUAUUUUGCUGAUAGGCCUCUGCUUUUUUUGAAAGAAUGGGAUUCAAGCAUUUGUUAUAUUUUUAAAGUUUAAUUGAAGUAGCUAAAAAGUGAAUUUGUCUUUAGUAGCUAAACCAUGACAUUGUAAAGUAUGCCCUUGCAGCGAGAAUUGCUUGAAGGGUUGAUGUUUCCCAUGUGCUUGAUCAUUCCUUAUAAACUGCUUUUGAAAUCUGCAUGAAUUUUCUUCCGGAUUUCAAAAAUAUCCUAAAAUACCCUGGAGAUUCUCUGCAAAUAAGAAAGAAAUCACUUCUGGCUUGAAGGGGAGGAGUAGAAGGCGGGGAAGCGUUACUGUCUUCUGAAAAGACUUUGCCUUCUGGGCAGGAGCAGGGGUAGAGUUCCUGUAAGUGAGACUAAAUUUUGUGUUAGAAAGAGUUAAAGAAUUCUGCUUCUCUGGUGAGAAGGUCGGUCACUUAAAAAAACAAAGCUUUUAAAUAUUUAUUGUAUAUAACAUUAAUUUUAAAAAAUUGGCUAAGGAAAGUGAAACAUUCAUCAUACACUAAAGCUGUACUUCAUUUCUGGACACUUCCAAUCUUCGGUAUGUGUAUGUGAGUGUAAUAAAUACCAUGCAUAUUAUUCAGUAGUUGACCUGUCAUCUUACUGUGUUCAUUUUUCUAGUUUGAACAAUGUAAUAAAAAGUGAUGAUUGUA